GAGAAGAACGCGAUUUUUUUAGGUCCGCGUCGGAACGAAACUUUUCUGCUUGCGAUUUUCUGUUGUCAUUAAGAAAUUCACCCAAAAUGCAUCCAUAACAGCUAAACAAUAUAGUUCGUUUCUUGGGCAGCGACAGGGUUUGAAUGCGUCGAAUGCAAACGUAGCAUGCGUGUCGAACGUUUCAUCGUCUGCUCGCAGACGCGCAUAACACUUUCGCUAGCGCGAAAUCGACCGACAUAACGCUUCGUAUACGUUCCUACGUUCAAACGCUGGUUGCGCCAUGCAGAACAUUUACCACUACGAACGGACCAGGACCCACUGCCCUGGCCUGUAUUGCGGCCGAAUCAGAUUCGACAAUGGUUCCUACAGCGAUUGUGGGGCCUGUCCUCGUGGAUUCCGGGUGUCCCGUGAGAGCAAGCUGUGCUUGCCAUGUGGCGACCUGCCCCAGUUCUACGACUGGCUCUACCUGGGCUUCAUGGCACUGCUGCUGCUGGUGGUCGAGUGGUACAUCAUCGACAAGACCAUGCGUCGACGGAGCUUCACCCCCGAAGUGCUUGCACUCCACGCGUGUGCCCUGUUCGAGACGGUGCUGGCGGCAGUGGCGACGCUUCUCUCGACACCCCCCGUGGGUCAAGUGCUGCUCCACACGUGCCGAGUGCAGCGACUCUCGGACUGGUACACCCUGCUGCACAACCCGACGCCGGGGUACAAGCACACACUGCGCUGCACCCAGGAGGCCGUCUACCCACUGUUUUCCAUGAUCUUUGUCUUCUACGGCCUCUGCCUGGCAUCCUUGCUGCUCCUGCGGCCCCUGCUAGUCUACAAGGUAUUCUCCGGUCAGGGAAAGAAGUCAGUCUUCCUGACCAUGUACGCCAUUCCUGCAUUGGGCCUCAUUCAUGCUACUAUGGGCGGGCUGCUGUAUUACGCCUUUCCGUACAUAGUGAUAAUUUUGUCCGUGGUGUCCAUGGCUUCUCACUUUGCAUUCAGGCUUGAUCAGUCCAUGUGUUCCUUGUUCUCACAAACACUGAAGGAGUCACGGAACCUGACAAUUCUCAUCGGCCAUUGGUUCCUCCACGCCUACGGAAUCAUCGCCAUCACCCAGUUGCGAGAUCCAGCAUUCCACUGGGCACUACUUGCCGUCGUCCCCUUCCCAUCAUUGUUCUACAUCCUGACAUCAAAGUUCACAGAUCCCAGCAAGCUACAUGUGGAGUGACAUGCAGUCUUAGCACGUGCCAAACAACAUGCGUAUGUUUAAACGAGGGCCUUCAAUGUUUCUUUGCUUUUAUGGUACUUGGCACUUUCUCGGUUGCAUGGUCCAUAAGAUGUAGCCUGCUUUGGAUCUGGGCAGCAUUGUCUAUUGAUGAAAUACUAAUGCCUGUAAUGUGCCCCAAAAGUUUGGUGCCCUACUUCCUGGACUGUACGUCUGCAACAAGGACAUUGCGUGGCAUGCUUGUGUGGUCGCCGACGGCAGUAACGGCGAGCCUCGGCAUUGAAUAAGGUUUAUGUUCAUGGUGCAUUGCCUACUAUUAGGACACUGUGGCCCAUUUGUAGCUGUCAACCAGUUUGCAUUACAGUUACAUUUCAGUCAAUUUCUAUUAGUGUCGUCGGUGUUCCCUAUGCUUUGUUUUCAGGAUGUAUCAUCCUAUGUAAGCACUCUAUGGCCAGCCUAAACAGGCCGUACCCCUUUUCUAAAGUGUAAUAUUCGCGGUGAACUACCAAUUACUCAUGGAGCGAAUGAUCACUGUAAAUAUGCGAUUUGCUUGAUUUUCGAGGCAUGUAAAUAUGUGUUAAUAAACUGUCUCAAUGAUUGGA